AUGUCUUUGAAAUCAUUUAUCUAUAAUGAUUGUUGUUUAUUAAUUAAUAUUGAUUUAAAUUCACAACGAAUUCGUCAGUUACUCGAACGUCGUUUCAAAAGUAAUUCAAAUAGAACAAGUUUUGAUUUUAAAUUAUUUCCUCCUGAACAACCAUCGAAUAAUGCUAAAGUAUCACGUUCAUUCUUACGUUAUCAACCGAAAAUAAUAUCUACAAAUGAUUAUGAAGAAAAUCUAUCUACUGAUUCAUCUUCAUCAGAAGAAGAAGAUAAUGAUGAUGUAUUUUCAACUAAUGAUGAUGAUUAUCUUAAUAAACUAGCAGAAUGGGAACCAGAAAAUUUUCGACCUACAAUCGAUGAGGAUGAUGAUGAUAACGAUGAAGAUGAAAAUGCAAAUAUUAUUCAAUCAACUAGUGAAGAAAAUAAUAAUGAAGAUAAUGAGACAAAUCAGAUGGAUUAUUCAAUAGUUGAAAAUGCUCCUACAACUCAUACUGAAGAUCUUCUUGUUACAUUUAUUCAUCGUCCUCUUAAAACUGAACCAAUAAGUUAUGAUAAUAAUAUAUUUCAAUAUCCACCACAAUUAGAUGGUCAAAUAGAUUUUUCAUCAACAAAAUCUUCAACGGGAUCAAAUCGAACUAUUAAUAAUAAAAAUUUAGAUGAUAUUAUAGCUAAAGUAAAAGCAAAAACUUCUCAACCAAGUCGUGCAAUAGAAAUACAUAGAGUUCCAUUAUCAACAAAUAAAUGUCGUUCACAUGAUGAUAUAAAAAACAAAUUUUUAAAUCAAACUAUAAAAACAAAAUCUUUAUCAAUUCCUCCAAAAACAAAUCGAAUAAAAGAACAAACAAAAAAAAUUAAACCACGAUUAUUAUCAACAGUAUUAAAAAAUAAUGAAGACGCAAUUCGACCACUUGAAACACGAAUACCAUCAAUACAAACAAAUAAUCAAAAAUCUUCUCGAACAUCAUCGACUAGUAAUUUACAAUCACCAAUAUCAAAACAACAAGAUCAAAAACAAAAUUUAUUAAAUCGACAACGUAGACCUUCUCAACAACAAAUAAAAUCUUCUUCGAAUAAUAAACAAAAAUAUAAUCUACAACCUAAACAAUCUAAAGAAAAAUCUGCAUCAGUUCAUAUGACAUUAGCUGAACAAAAAUUAAAUCAUUAUCAACAAUUAACAUCUUCAAUUUCAAAAACAUCAAAUUCUAAUACUAUUUCAUCAACAAUAAAAUCAAAAUCAAAAGAAUUUAUAAAAAAUCAACCAAAAUUAUCUAAAUCAAUCAAUGAUUUAUCUGUUCAAAAUUCAGAAUCAACAACUCCAGUUUUAAAUGAUCAUAAUCAACAUAUAAAGAAAAAACCACAGAAAAUAAAACGUUUAAAUAAAAAACAAAAAAAUUUAUUAUUAAAUAAUCAAUCACAUACACAUAUUACCAAACAAAAACAAAAAGAACAUAAUAUUAUUCAAAAACCAAAACUGGUAAGUCAUCAAUCGGAACCAUUGAUUCAUACAACAACUUCUAAUGAUAAUAUUAAUAAACGACCAGAAAAUUUCUUUAAUGAUUGUAUUAUAAUUGAUGAUGAUGAACAAGAAGAAUAUAACAAUGAAAAUAACAACAAUAAUAUUAAAGAUGAUGAGAUACAAGAAAUUGAACAAAAACACUAUUCGAUUUCAUAUGAUAUUCGUACUCGUGAAAAACUUCUUGAUCAUGCUGUUCAUUCAUCAUUAAUGCAUAUUAAAUGGUUAUUUAAUCUUGAAUAUCUUCUUCUUGAACAUAUACUUAUAUGUCACGAAAAACAUAUUCAUCCAUUAAAUAAAAUAUAUGAAAAUUCUUCUAUAAUUAAAUAUGAACAUCCAAUAAAUUUAUCUUAUUAUAAUAUUGAUCCAUCAUUUAUUUCUAUAAUAAUAAUAAAUUUUAUAAAAAUGUUUAUUUUACGAAAUUCUUUUAAUGAUCAACAAGAAUAUUCAUUUAUACAAUGUGGUAUAACAUCACAUAUACGAUAUUUAUUAAUUGAAUUACCAACAUAUAAUCAUAAUGAAGAAAAAGAUAUUAAUGAUAAUUGUUUUAAAUGUCAUCAAUAUUCAUUAAUAAUAAAUAUAUUAUUUGAUUUAUUAUUUGAUUUAAUUGAAUAUGAUUUAUGUGAAAUAAUAUCAAAAAUAAAAUAUCGUUCAUCAUUAAUUGAAGAUGAUUAUUUUACAAGAUUUUUACAAUCAAAUAUAACAAAAACAAAUUCAUAUUAUCGUAUUAAAUUAAUUAUUUAUUUUAUUGAAUUAAUUGGUAUACAUAUGAAUAAAUGUCAAAAUAAAAAACAAUUUCAAUUUAAUCAAAAUGAAAAUAAAUUAUUUCAUUCUAUUGAAGAUUUUAUUCGACAUAUUGUAUCUCAAACAAAUGAUUCAAUUGAUGAAAAAAUUUCAAUUUGUUUUAAUGUUAUGGAAUUAUGUCUUCUAUUCGUUAAUGAAAAAGAAAUUCGAAUAGAACAGAUGGCUUUAUUUUUAUCAGAACUAUGUCAAGAUAAUUCAAAAUGUUUAAAUUUAUUUCUAUUUGAUAAUAAUUUACUUCCUGAUAUACGUUUAUUAUUAAUAAAUGAAUUAAUUUCGAAAAGCUUUAAUUUGAAGUUUAUGUCAAUUAAUUAUGUCAAUGAAUUUUUUCGACAAAUUCAAAAUAUUUUAAAUUCGUCAGAACCAAUUAAUGAUUUUGCAUUAUUACUUCUGAGAAGUUUAUUUACAACUUAUGCUGAUUUGAUUACUGAAAUCAAAGUAUUUCCUUUUAUGUAUACAAGUUUUGUUCAACAAUUAACAAAUACAUUACGAAAUCAACUUGAAUUAGUAUUCGUUAAAUUAAUAGAAGUUUCUUCUAAUAAUUCGAUUUAUUUCGAACAAAUGAAACGAACAUUAAUAUUCUAUCGUCUUCUAACAUGUCGAUGGAAUAAAUUGUGA